AUAAAAAUCUCUUGCACAGACACACACGCCACACCACACCACACAACACCACAGCAUAAUGGACAAAUUCAAUGAAGAAGUUCAAGAGCCAGUGAGUCCACAUGGACAAUAUUUCAAUAGCUCUGUGAUAUGUUCAUAUGUUUUUGGGUUUCUGGAAUUAGCUAUUCCAAUUGAUGACUCACAAACUAUGCCUUUGCUUAAAGAUGUCUUCCUUCCUAUCAAUCCACGUUUCUCCUCUAUUAUGGUAAGAGACAAAGAUGGUAAGAUGAGAUGGCAAAGGGUUGAAGUGAAGCUUGAAGAGCACAUAAAGAUUCCUAAAUUUCCUGAAACCACAAACUCAUCAUCAAUAUUAUAUGAUAAUUAUCUUAGUGACUAUGUAACAAGUAUUCUAACUUCAAGAACACCUCAAGAUAAACCCCUUUGGGAAAUUCAUUUGAUUAAAUAUCCAACAAGCAAUGCUAAAGGAACUUUGAUAUUCAAACUUCACCAUGCACUUGGUGAUGGUUACUCUCUCAUGGGUGCUCUUCUUUCUUGUCUUCAAAGAGCUGAUGAUCCUUCUCUUCCUCUAUCUUUUCCUUCACGACCACAAUUAAAUUCAAAAUAUGCAAAGAAAGGUUUGUUUAAGAAGUUAUGUUUAGAUAUCUCAUCCUUUUUUAGCUCCAUAUCAGAUUUUGGAUCAAGCUUAAUCAAGACAAGAAUGAUUGAAGAUGACAAAACACCUAUAAGAUCAGGAUAUGAAGGAACUGAAUCUCAGCCUUUUACUUUGUCAAACAUAUCAUUAUCUCUUGAUCAAAUCAAAGAGAUCAAAUCAAAGCUUGGAGUGACUAUAAACGAUGUGCUUAGUGGGGUGAUCUUCUAUGGGAUUAGGCUAUACAUGGAGGAAAUGAAUGAGAAGACAAAAAAAUCAAAUUCCACAGCUGUAGUAAUGCUCAACACAAGAAAUAUUGAAGGUUACCAAUCAUUGAAGGAAAUGCAAAAACCAGAGUCCAAAAGUCUUUGGGGAAAUCAAAUUUCUUUCUUACAAAUACCAAUACCUAAGCUAAGCCAAUCAGACCCUCUUGAGUUUGUUUGGAAAGCUCGUAAGUUAAUCAAAAGGAAGAGACGCUCUUUCGGUGUUUAUCUCAUAGGUUUGCUCUUGAAUUUGGAGAUGAAAUUAAAAGGGUCUGAGUCUGUAGCUAAAAUAAUCUAUAACACAAUGGGAAAUUCAAGUGUUGUUAUCUCUAACUUGGUAGGACCAGUAGAGAAAAUGGCUUUGGCAAAUCAUCCAAUAAAUGGAUUUUAUUUCACCAUGACAGGUGGACCAGAGAAUGUAGACAUUACAAUUAUGAGCUAUGUGAAAAUAUUAAGAAUCACAUUGAGAACAUUGAAAGGGUUCAUUGAUGAACGGAAAUUCAAAUUCUGCAUGGAGAAAGCAGUUGAAGUCAUAUUCAAAGCAGCUAUGGAGAUCUCGGAAAUACCUGUAAAAAAUUAAUUAGGACAUACAUGUAUUAAUUAUAAUAUACUUUGUAUUAUAUAUAAAUAAAUAUAAAUGAAGGUAUGAUUUAUUUCAAAAGAAAAUA